CAACUAUAAAUACUAAAUAGAGGAAGCAAAGGUGUAUUGCAUCACUGUGUGGAAACUUGUCCAUCAGAAGCCCGUACGCCUGCCUUUCUUACUUCUCCCUCAACGGUCAAAAAUGGCGCGCAAGAAGAUCAGAGAGUACGAUUCCAAGAGGCUGUUGAAGGAGCAUUUUAAGAGGUUCUCUGGCACCGACCUUCCAAUUAAAUCAGCUCAAAUCACAGAAUCAACUGACUUCAACGAGCUAGCAGAGAAGGAACCUUGGCUCUCAUCAGGGAAACUGGUCGUGAAACCUGACAUGUUAUUUGGCAAGCGUGGGAAGAGCGGUUUAGUUGCCCUGAAUUUAGAUUUGGCUCAAGUUGCUACUUUCGUGAAAGAACGUCUUGGCAAAGAGGUAGAGAUGGGGGGAUGCAGAGGGCCUAUCACAACAUUCAUUGUUGAACCCUUCAUUCCACACAAUGAAGAGUUUUACCUAAACAUGGUUUCAGAGCGACUUGGGUGUAGCAUAAGCUUUUCCGAAUGUGGAGGUAUUGAAAUUGAAGAGAACUGGGAUAAGGUUAAAACUAUAUUUAUCCCAACCGGGGCCACUUUUACCUCAGAAAUAUGUGCUCCACUAGUUGCCACCCUUCCCUUGGAGAUCAAGGGAAAAAUUGAGGAGUUUAUCAAAGUGGUUUUUGCUCUAUUUGUAGAUCUGGACUUCACUUUCCUAGAGAUGAAUCCUUUUACAUUGGUUGAUGGAAAGCCUUAUCCUUUGGAUAUGAGAGGCGAGCUGGACGAUACUGCUGCUUUCAAGAACUUCAAGAAGUGGGGCAAUAUUGAAUUUCCAAUGCCAUUUGGAAGAGUUAUGAGUCCUACAGAAACCUUUAUUCAUGGGCUAGAUGAAAAGACAAGUGCCUCUUUGAAGUUCACAGUUCUGAACCCCAAGGGACGGAUUUGGACUAUGGUAGCAGGAGGAGGUGCAAGUGUCAUCUAUGCAGAUACGGUUGGCGAUCUCGGCUAUGCUUCUGAGCUUGGGAACUAUGCAGAGUAUAGUGGAGCACCAAAUGAAGAGGAAGUAUUGCAGUAUGCUAGAGUUGUAAUUGAUUGUGCAACUGCAAACCCUGAUGGCCUUAAGAGAGCUCUUGUAAUUGGAGGAGGAAUAGCUAACUUUACUGAUGUUGCUGCUACUUUUAAUGGCAUAAUUCGCGCUUUGAAAGAGAAGGAAUCAAAGCUUAAAGCUUCAAGAAUGCACAUAUACGUUAGAAGAGGAGGUCCAAAUUACCAGAGGGGUCUUGCAAAAAUGCGGACUCUUGGAGAGGAAAUUGGAAUCCCUCUUGAGGUUUAUGGACCUGAGGCAACCAUGACUGGCAUAUGCAAACAGGCGAUUGAGUGCAUUGGUGCUGCUGCAUAAGUGUACCAAAUCUUGAUAAAAAUCUCUGUUCUUGUCUUUUCAUGUCUAUGGCAAACUCCCGGUGUUCCAUUAAGUGUUCUUACCAGUUCAAUUGUUCCAGAAACCGUAGGACGUUAAAUUGUACUUUCAUCUAAAUGGGCCACUAAUAAUGGUCUUUGAGUAUCAGGUUAGUGAGCUUGAGACUGAUGACACCUUAGCACAAUCAUAAAACAGCUUACAUUGAUGUCCAUCUUAAUCUGUCGAACUGCUUUUGUAUUUGUUUUUUGUCAUUAAACUUUCCUAUUUUUCUGUAUCCGUCUGAACCUGCAUUUUGGUUCCUCUGCAAAUACACUCGUUCUCUUUGGGAAGGGGGUCAGGCCUCUAAUU